ACUCGACGCGCUUUCGAGCUCCACCUCCGCUUUGCUCGAAACCCUUCGCGCCCUCUUCCUCCUCCUCCUCCUCCUCUCCCUCUCCUCUCUCCUCUCUCGCCAUGGCGAUCGCGCUCCGAAGCAUCUCCCUCUCCAUUCCCCGCAACUCCUCUCCGCCGAGGCGCGGUGGCGCUCGGAGCGUCUCGCCCUUCUUCCGCCACCCGAGGCCUCCUCCCUUUCUCCUCCGCGCCUCUUCGGCGCCCUCGCACGCGAACGGCUCCGUGGGCUCGCGCCGCGACGCGGAUCCCGUGGAGGUGAUCGGGAUCGGGAGCCGCAAGGAUGCGGUCAUCGAUUUCUGCUCGAGUUCCCGUUCCGUUUCUUCUUCUCUCCUCAGAUUCUGGACCAUAUAUAUGAGAGAUUCGUCUAAAGUGCAACUGCUUCAAAGGUGUCAUGGAACAGGUGUUGUUCUCAGAGAUGUGGAAUUUCCGCUGGCUCUUCAUCCAUGUCCUUCAGCUCUUAUUCUUGUGGCAAGUGCAGGACAUGGAUUAGACCAUAUCACAGCAAUAGAGCUUCUUAAUGCUGUCAAAUCAGAAGGUGGAUUGACUAUCUCUAUAUUUCUAAAGCCAUUUAGUUUCGAGGGGCAAAGACGGCAAGAGGAGGCAGAUGAUUUGAUUAACAGACUUCAUGAAUGCUCACACUUGCACAUUGUGGUUGAAGCAGAUUCUUUACUUAAAAAAGAAGCUGAAACGCUUGCUGAAGCUUUAGAAAGUGCAAAUAAUGCUGUCUUGUUGGCUCUUACAACAAUUUCUAUCAUGGUUUCUGGUUCAUAUCUGAUUUAUCGAAAUUCACCGGGUGGACAAAUGCAGUCAGUCGAACCACCAGAAGUAGUCAAAUUUUUAGCAAGCUAUGGGGAAGCUAAGUUUGGAUUUGGUGCUGGUUACAGCAUCAAAUCAGCAAUCACACAGGCUGUCUUCCAUUGCCCAUUUCUUUGUGGUGGUAUAAAGGGCUUGAAUAGUGUGGCUAUCAUUACUCUUACAAGUGCUUCUGUCUUGGAUAAAAGUGAUUUGGUGUACAUCAUGAAUACCUUUCUGCGAGUCACUGAAUUUAGUGGAGAAAUUAUAUUUUCCAAUAUUCAUGAGCCUGAUCUGGAGCCAAAUCUCUUAGUAAUAACCCUUCUAACUGCAGGUUGUGAUCAGAACAUUGUUUCUCAGAAGAAGGGAUUCCUUUCGAGCUUGGCUGUGCAUUUUCCCUUUCUUUUGUCUCUUAUGGGAAGAGAUGAUCUAGGAACAAGGGACAAUAAGUCAGUUCUUUCUCCUCGAGAGUUCGCUGAGAGUGUGUUCAGCUUACCAGAUAAAGGGUGCUCAUCAAGUUUAGACUCAGUUAAUGGUGCUGUUGAUCCUCCUAAUGCUUUUAUUGACAAGAAGGCAGCUAAAAGACCCAGAAUAGAAUCAACUUCUCGAAAUAAAAGAAGUGAAAAUGAAGAGGUAGAGGCCAGUGAAUUUAUCUCGGAAAAGAAUAAGCAAACAAAUGGAGGUUUUCAAUGGGACUCUAGUCUCCGAAACUUUGGUCCCGGAUUCCACAUCGCGCAGCUAUGGGCUAAAGAGCGGGCUACAUUAAAUGGAAGCAUCAAAAUUGAUGAACUUGAUACUUUCACUCUUCCUGUUGGUGUGAAAUCUUCUGAAUUUUUCUAUAAUCCCAGUCAACCUAGAAUUUUGGAUGAAUCUGGUGGAGAAUCAUCUGGUAUCCAAAAUGCCCCUUCUCAAGAAACAUUUGCUGAUGCUGGGUUGGAAGCAAUGACAGAAAUUUAUAAUACUGCAUUGAUUCUUCUAAAGGGAAGAAAGGUGGAUGAAUCUAGAAAGCGAGGGUUGCUUUCGGUUCGUGCAGCAUCAAUGCUGGAAGCAGAAAGAGAAUCGGAAAAGAGUUGGACUCCUGUGUUGGAAAUUCAGUAUAGAGGAGGGACUUUUCGAGGGAGAUGCCAAGGAGGUCUUCCUGAAGGGAAGGGACGGUUGACAUUCGUGGAUGGAAGCUUUUAUGAUGGCAUGUGGCGUGGUGGCAAGAGAUCUGGGCUGGGUACAUUAUAUUACAGCAAUGGAGAUGUAUUUCAUGGAACAUGGAGGGAUGAUCUUAUGCAUGGCAAGGGCUGGUUCUAUUUUCGUGGCGGUGACCGUUGGUUUGCAAAUUUUUGGAAGGGGAGAGCUAAUGGAGAGGGGAGAUUUUAUUCACAGAAUGGAAGUGUCUUGUUUGGCCAAUUUAGAAAUGGCUGGCGUCACGGAGAAAGCCUAUGGAUAGAUGCUGAUGGAUCAAGGUGGAAUGAGGUUUGGGAUGAAGGCAUCCUUGUUUGCCGAACUAAAUUGGAUGAGGAACUUCCUUCCUGAGUGGUGUACAUUUUGUGCCGAAAUUCUUCAAAUCUGGUUCUCUAGAUUUUGGAUCGGCUUAACUUAAGAAUGUUUCAGUUUAUGUUCCUACCUAUUAUCCGGAUAUACCAAGAGGACUGAUUCACAGGUGUGGCCGAAUUAUUGUCACUCGUAAUUGUUGUGCUGGAGAUUAUUAAAACUCAAUGAAGCUGACACCUUGAAGAAAUGAUAUUACGUUUACCAAUUAUUGACUGAAGUCUCAUUUGCG